AGGAAGGUCAAGCUGUACAUUUUCUCUAUUUUGACAGCUGCAAAUACCCCAUGCAAAUACCCCCAAAACCGCCGAAAUUCAGCCAGAUUUGCAAAAUAAAUACACUUCUAUCAAAAGCCAAUAAAUGUCGACUAUUCUUAGCCGUGUUUCAUGUUCGGGGAGGGGUGCAUUUGGGGUUUUGAGGGUGUCAAAAUGGGCAGCCUGCAGCAGCUCUGCAAACCGGGUUCGGAGUUCCCAUUCCCACUUCGGGCAUGGUGGUACCGGUGGUAAGGAUAAGGGAUCGAGAAUGUCACUCCUGGAUAACGAGGAGGAUUUCGCUGGCCAUAAGUUGGAGGAUGCUGGGGAUGAUUACGGUCACGAAGCUGUAAAUAACACUCGAAUCCGUGGAGUUGACAUCUUGAGAGAUCCUCAUUUGAAUAAGGGAAUGGCCUUCAGUCUUCGUGAGAGACAGGUAAUGGGAGUUCAUGCUCUGUUACCACCCAGAGAAUUCACUCAGGAGCAACAAGUUCAACGUGUCAUGGCUAGCUAUGAUGCGUGUGAUUCAGACCUUGAAAAGUAUAUAAACCUAGUCGGACUCCGAGAGAGAAACGAGAAGUUGUUUUUCCGUGUGAUAACACGCCAUAUUGAUGAGAUGCUGCCUAUCAUCUAUACGCCAACUGUCGGACUGGCUUGCCAGAAAUAUGGCAUGAUAUUCCGGAAACCGAGGGGUCUGUUCCUGACCAUCCAUGACAGGGGGCAUCUUUACGAGUUGCUGUGUAACUGGCCAGAGAAGGAUGUCAGGGUUAUAGUCGUAACUGAUGGAGAGCGAAUCCUCGGUUUGGGUGACCUUGGCGUGUGUGGUAUGGGGAUACCCGUCGGGAAGUUGACCCUCUGCACGGCCCUGGCCGGGAUCCAUCCGCAUCAGUGUCUGCCGAUCGUACUCGACGUAGGCACCAACAACGAGCAGUACCUGAACGAUAAAUUCUACGUCGGUCUUCCUCACAAGCGAAUUACCGGCCAAGAGUAUGACGAUUUCAUCGAUGAAUUUAUGGAGGCUGUUGUCAAAAAAUAUGGACAGGACACUCUGAUUCAGUUCGAGGACUUUGCCAACCAUAACGCGUUCCGGUUCUUGGACAAGUAUCGGGACAAGUACACAUUUUUCAAUGACGAUAUCCAAGGCACAGCGUCAGUAACAGUGGCAGGUCUACUCUCUUGUAUGAAAAUCACCAAAAAGAAACUCUCCGACAAUACGUUUUUCUUCCUUGGUGCGGGAGAGGCAGCCUGUGGUAUUGCAAGCCUCCUGACUAUGGCCAUGGUGCGGACUGACGGCCUAACAAAGGAAGAGGCUGCCAGUAGGGUCUGGAUGAUGGACAUUGAUGGAUUGCUUGUCAAGAACAGACCAAAAGGUGGCAUCACAGGUGAGAAGGCGCUGUUUGCCAAAGACCUCCCGCCGAUGGAGAACUUGGCCGAAGUAAUCAAGAAAAUCAAGCCGAAUGCGAUCAUCGGUGCGUCGGGUGUCGGCAAGGCGUUCACUCCCGAGAUCAUCCGUGAUAUGGCAACGUUUAACGAGCGGCCGAUUAUCCUUGCCCUGAGUAACCCGACGAGUAAGGCGGAGUGUACAGCGGUGGAUGCUUAUACUCAUACUGAUGGUCGGGCAAUUUUUGCAAGUGGCUCUCCAUUCGGGCCUGUGACUCUGAACGGCAAGACCUACUACCCGGGACAAGGGAACAAUGCCUAUAUUUUCCCCGGUGUGGCCCUUGGUACUAUCUGCUGUGGAAUACGCCACAUCCCUGACGACAUGUUCCUGAUAGCUUCCGAGACCCUCGCAGAUAUGGUCACCCCAGCUGAUCUCGAAGCCGGCCGCAUCUACCCCUCGAUGAAAAGUAUUUUGCGAAUCUCACGUUCCAUCGCAGCUCGAAUUGCUGUCUGGGCAUACAAGAACGGAAUGGCCGCCGAAUACCCGGAACCAGAGGAUAAGUUGGAGUUCAUCAAAUCUCAAGUUUAUUCGACAAGAUAUGAGAGUUUUAUUCCAGAGAUAUACGACUGGCCAGUUUUCGAAUAAAGUUUGAAAAGGAUCGUUUUACUAGCUGAUUUAGAUGGAUCAUUGAAGUUUGGCUCACACGGUGAAUAGUUUUGACCAGGUUAGGAAAAAGAAAUAUAAUUAUUGCAGAGUCAAACACAACCUGGCCCCUGACUUCCCUCUAUACAGGAAUGCUGUAAACUUCGUAAGUGUAGGGUUGGCACAGGCCGAUCUACUGUCGUUGUGCGUAUAUCCUUCCUUCACCGCCGAUAAACUCCCCCUGAUCGGCCGUCAGAACGGCUGUUACUACAUUAUUGAUAGUUUCCAUGCAUUCCCUUCCUUUCCCGCACGUCCAUGUCGCAACAACACUAACAUUACACUCGUGGUUGUCCCACGAGACACGCACUGAAAGCCAUCGUAGUGGAAUGCAAGGUGUUCAAUGAGUUCAAUGAGAUGCUGACCUAUUGGGUUGGCGGUGAAAGGAGGCGACUUUAGGAUUGACAUUCAUUGCGGUAAGUCGGCAUGACUGGCAAGAUUCACUUCUCUUUUGAGAAAUGUUAUCAAUUCGUAAAGGAGCUCACUUUAUUCAUCCUCAAGAUCGUUUAAAAGGUUAUCAUACUCUUAUUUUUAAAACUAGUCGUUCGAAGAGAGAUAAAUCAAAUAAAGAAGUAAUCAAACUUCAUCAUUUAGAUGUAUUUGUUGGUGCUUUUGUAGUACUUUUACUCUAUAAAGUUUUCAUUCUACUAUGUAGAUUUAUUAUUUGGUUCGAGACAUACUGUGCACUUGCUAUUUUUGGUGCUUUUGUGUUACUUCUAUUCUAGUUUUCAUUUUAUGUAGAUUUACUAUUUGGUUUCAAGACAUACAUUUUAUCAAGUAUAGAUUAAUCCAUACUUGAUUUUAUGUAGAUUUAGUGUUUGGUUUCGAGACAUACUGUGUACAUGCUAUUUAGCCCGUUUUGGUGCAUCUGUUUAACAUAGGCCUACUAAAGGCCCAUAUUACACAUAAUAGGCCUAUAUACAGGCACCCUUUAACCAGCUAAAUAUUUUCUACAUGGUAUAUUUAGCUCAGCACUGCAUUUGGUCACAUUCCACUCCUACUUUGGCCACCAUCUUGUCAACUAUACUGGUACCAUAUCUGGUUUGGACAAAAUGUCAGCACAGCUGAGUGUUUGGCCCUUGGGCCUCGUUAUCUUAUAGACUUUAUACCAUAUCAUACAUGUGAUGUUAGCUGCUACCUUCUAAAAAAUGGAGGUGUUACACCUGACCAACUCAAUGAGGAACCUGUACAACAAAACCUGCCAAUAGGGGGCCCUGCAGGCAAGUGGACAAUGAUUGUAAUGAGAAAGCCAUUUCCCGGGUCAAUGAUUAUUGAAUAUUUCAUCCCUUAAUUACUCUACAUGGGGAAAUAGCACCAAAAACGUUGUUUUAUUGGUCCUUAAUUCUAUUUUGAUGAGUUUUAGGGAGAAAAUCCACAAAACUUAAUUUUAAUGGAAAAUGCACUGGAAGUGUACCUUUUAGUACUGGUGCUGCCACCUGGAUUUUUAGUUCUGCAGGUUCCUCAUUUUCUCUGGAGUUAAUGAAAUCUUAUCUUAUUUGUUAUCUUUAUGAGUUAAUGUCUAGAUUCUAUCCUGAAUGUUUGUUCUGAAAUCAGGUGAUUUAGGCUGUUAGUUGUUCUGUACUUACUGUGUUGAGAGUAAUCCGGCCCAAGUUUUGUAAAACAAGUUAUAACAUGGCUUUGUCUCCUUAUGUCAAGUUCGUUAGACUUAACGCCACGUAAAAGUUAAACGCCUUGCAAACAAGCGAUUUUUGUUGCUGCGACUUAUGAUAAUAAUCGCAAUGUGCGACAAAAGAUCUCUCAUCUGCAGGUAAAACCGGCAAUUGAUGGGUUUGGUAUUGAUUGCAACUACCAUUUCUUGACACCGACACCGGCGAUAAACACCGUGCACCAGCAAUUUUUGUUGCAGGCAAUAACGACCGCAUGUCACAGUGAACUAAAUCGCUUGUAUGCGGGCGCUAUCAUAACUAACAUGGUUUGAGAACUGGGGCCUGGUUUCUAAGCUUCCAGUUUGUGACAUUAGGCUUCGUGUUCAAAAUUAUAUUAUUAUAAAAUUUUAUUUCUUUUGCUCGGGGAAAGUUUCUGUUUAACCAUUAAAUACCAUUGUAGAUCUUGACUUUGUUGAAAGUUGUCGUUUAUGUUUUUGAAAGUAUAAUUUUACUUUUAGGACUGUUUUUUGCUUCUAUUGAAAUAGUGAAAUAGUGUGACACUCAGUGUACAUGUAUCUAGUUUAUAAUUACUCAAACAAGCACAUAUUGUGCGAUUAUGAUUGCUGCUUUGUGCAACAAAAAGAUCUCUUGUGUGCAAAAGAGAACACUUCCUGAAUCAGCCAGAAGCAGGGUUUUGAAUCUGCCAUUAGAAGUAACAUAUUUUCUGCUUGAAUACGCCCAAGGCUGGUCCAUUCUAAAUCUGGUGUUUUGUAUAAUGUUUAUGAAUAUGUGAUAUAAGGUUUAUUUCUGAUGUACGUGUUUUCGCUUUUUCUGUUUUGAAUGCAGGAUAUUUUGUGCCAUGUCACUUUGGAUUACAUUAUUCAUUCAUCAAGGAUCGAAAGUUGACGACGGAAUCGUAAAUGGAAUUGCGUGAAUGAACGACUCAUUUCAUGAAAUCAUUAAAAAUGAUGUUUUUUCUCCAAAAUAUUGUUAAUCGGUGAUCUGUGGUUCAUUAUUAUAAUCAAAAGCAGCCAUUGUCGUGUUCAGCUUAAUAAUGCAGCGGUCAAUGGUAGCCCUGUUCCUCCCCCUCCCCCCCCCCCCAACUCAGGGGUCAACCUUGCUUGAAUUGGGGGUUGAUUUCUUGGCGGGAUGGUUUUUCCCCACUGAUCAAAUCCCCUUUGAUCAGGAAAUCUGUAAACAAAUAGUGUCGAAAAUCUGUUGUCCCCAGCAUCACUUAAAAUGGAAAGUUCCUCACAAUCGCUGAAAAAUAACAAUUGAACCCCUAUCAAUUUCAUUCCUCGGUGAAUAAUUGUACUUUGUCGAAUCCCACCUCCUUAAAAAGUGUGAAGUGUCAAUUUCACUGAGUGUUGAUUGUCUGCGGGGAGGUACAGGUUUUUCAUUGACUGCUGCAUAAUUUUCAUGUGUGAAGUUAUUGUUGAAACUAGACUCAUGUGUGUAUUCAAUUAUUUGUACCUAUUAAUUGUUAACAGUCAUUUUAUAUUAACGCCUGUGCACAAUUUCUGUUUCUACUAUUAUUGUGCUUUUUGGAGCUUGUAAUAUCAAAGAAACCAAAUUCGUGUAUAAUAUUGGAUAUGGAUACUCAUAUUAUUUAUAUAAUGUUUCAUUACGAUGUGUGACCCGUCAGAGCAAAAAUAGGCGCAUGUCACCCUAAGCUUGGCAGGUUGAGACAGACUGGUUGUUCAUUUCACUCUCAUCCACCUUUGUGAAAUUUGAGUACAUCAAUUUCUUCCAUUAUCUCCUGGUGUCAUUCAGGCUCAUCUUCUGUGCGACAUGCACCUGGUUUUGCUGUGACAGGUCACGUAGUAUACUUGCAUUACAUUGCAUGAGUUCAUUCAAUGAGAAAACCAUUCCCGUCUUUGCAUGUUGCAGUACUGCAGUAGAUUAAAUCGCAAAAUGGAGUAAUCCAUUUUGAAGAUUCCUACUGUCAGUUUAAGGUCAGUUGAAUUUCAUGUUGAGCGCUUAGCAAUCUUGCUUGCUUUAAUGCUUGUUUAUUAUUGUUCAUUGUUGCUUUCACUAUUGUUUAAAACAAUUAUACAAUUAUAGUUCAAA